AUGGGUAUUUUCGACUUGUGCUGUGCUUGCUGCUCUGACAGCACGGUCGCCCACGAAGAGCAUACUCAGAUAAGAACUACCCGUCCCACCGCCGCUGAGAAUAUAGAAGUAAAAGAGGUCCCCAUCGAACCCGUGGAAGAUGCGACUUCUGAGGUGGUCCCCGUGGUGGAGGAGGAGACUCCAAGCCGAGGCACACUGUCUCAGGUUAACAAACGCCCGCUUAAGGAUUGCAAGCUAAAAGCAGGCCAUCGCCGUAUCACCCUAAGCGGCGCCGUUGCGGCAGUUCCGCCGUGCUCCGAGGCUGAGUGUGUAGGCGAGAUUCCUAAGGUGACGUCGUCCGCGGUUCCUAUUGGUGGUGGCGCCUAUUUGGUGUAUUCUUUGGAGAACAAUGGUUGCCUUAAAAUCAAAUUUACUAAGGAGCCGCUUCGCGUGAUGGACGGCGUUUUGGCAUACAUCAAGCCGACCACGGAGUUCGCACCAUACCACUACGAGCGCUCUGACGGCUGCGAGGUCGUCGCCACGGACGUGCAGAGUGCCAUGCGGAGUCAAUAUGCCACUGACCGCAAGCCGUUUUACGAUGCCUGGACUAAGUUUCUGAAGCUUACGGUGGCAGUGCGCGGCGUCGUGUAUUUUUUAGAGGCUUCUAAUAUGUCUCCUCCUCCUAAGGUGACCGUGUUGUUGCACAAGGAUGGAAAUUUGACGGUUGCUGAGAAAUGUCGUGCCAUUGAUUUACGUCAGUACGGUGGCGUCGGGGUAUUGCCGUUUUCGCUUGACUACAACAGCGUCUGCAGCUCCACUGACAGCGUGAAGUUCUUCAACACCUGCGACGAGUACGGCAGCUCGCUGAUGUUGUGA